AUGCCUCGCAAGCAGCUGCUUUACGAAGAAGCACGGCUAGACGAGAUGGGAAGUGAUGGAAAGAACCUGCCAGGGAAGGUGCGAUCGAGGACCCGUCCGCCAUUCAACCGCAUCUCCGUAACCAAGCGCGCAUUCGCCAACCGCGUCUUCGUCAUGAACGGGAGAGCAGGUGCCCUGCGUAUUUGUUCUAGCGUUAGAGUCAUUCACAGGGGAAUUUCCCACCAACUUCCCAUCGCCGCGUACCGACUGACCUCCCCCUUUGAUCCAGCCUGGUCGCGUCGAUGCUCAUCACAAUGGACGUCCAACCCGAGAGUUUUCCCAGUCUUCGAUCUCGGGUUAUUGGAUUCAUCUCUCAAGAUUGAGGAAGAGAUUGCGAUGGGAUAUGAGCCCAACGAGACAUACACAUAUCCUGCCGAGGAGGAAGAAAUCCUGAACGACAGGUACCAGAUUCUACACAAGAUCGGCUAUGGGCCCACGGCGACUGUUUGGUAUGCUGUGGAUUUAAUGGAGCCUAGAAUGGUUGUUUUGAAGAUCUAUGUGGUGGACCACAUGCUUAAGGCUUAUGGGCGUCUCCAUCCACCACAAUUGUACGACCAAAGCGAGUGCCCUCUUCACGAAGUUAGCGACCGUUUCUCCAUUAAAGGUCCUCGUGGUUCUCAUAUCUGUGUUGUUCACGAGGGACCCCCGAUGGACCCAGAACAGAUGCAUUCAGGAGACAAGAUGUAUCUCGAGUCGAUAAGGUCUACAAUGAAACAAUUACUGAUUUUGAUGGAUUUCCUACACACCGAUUGUUAUCUGACUGCCCGCAUAAAGCCAAACGAAGCAUUCAACGUUACUUCCGGCCACAGACGAGAUGCUGGACCCAGCAAUGAUGAGCUUAUCACGCCGACGAUACUUCCAGGCGACGGCGUUCCCUCCGUCUGGAUUUUCCAGACAGUGAUAUGUCGGGCGUGGGGCUACGCUAGUUCCCAGGGACUCAUCGACGGACGAAACUCAGUUGGGGCCUUUGAUGACCGGGUCCACAUCGCAGAGCUGGUUGCUCUCCUUGGCCCGCCUCCAUCAGAGUUCCGCGAGAAGGUGCGACUGGGUUCCUUGUUCUGGGACAAAGAAGGAAAUUGGACGGGCCAGGCUCCCAUACCAGAGCGAAACUUGGACACCCUGGCAGGUGACAAUAUCGACGGCGGGGAUGUGAAAGGUUUCGUGCAGUGGAUGCGAAGGGCACUACAAUGGGAUCCUGAAGAUCGACCAACGGCUCUGGGGCUUUUGCGUCAUGAGUGGAUGGCACAGAAGACGAAGCCUGUGGAGAAGGAGACAGUGGAUUUAUCCGAGGAUAGCAUCUCGACCUAG